AUGCAUGCUCAGGGGUCUAUGACGGAGGCAGCGUAUAAGUAUCUGAUGGGUAUUCUCGAAGAUGAAGAGGACGGCCUACGAGAUUCAGAUCCAGCGUUGCUGGAAGAGCUUUACAAGGUCCGCGAUGUCGAGCCGAAGAAGUUCUCCGAUCCUACUACAGCGGCUUGGGAGAAGACUGCGCCUAGUCGGACCGCGACUCUGGUUAUUCUGGAAUCAUACAUCAAGUCGGUGCAACGCAUGUAA